UAUAAUUAAAUCAUAAAUAAUGAGAAUUUAAAAUAGAACACAUGUGAAGUGUAAGAGUGAGAGCGAGAGCGAUACUCUUGAGAUGAAUUGUAUGACUUUUAACCAAACCAGUCAUUGAAAAAAAAAAAAAAAAAAAAAAAACGAACGAGCCGAUAGGAACUUGGGACUUUUAAUCAAAUUUUGUAAAUAUGAUACGCGUUUUGGCCCUUUUACAAAUCAUUUGUUUUGGCUACUUGAGCUAACCGUAUAGAUCUCAUCGGAGAGGAGCCAAACAUUUUCUCUACGGUCCUUCCACUAAAACCCUAGUUACUUCAACCAAACCGCUUCAACUACCACACUCGGCAAAUCCGGCGAAAACGCACAAUUUCAGAUCCUUGUCCCAAUGGGAACACUUCAGGUCUAUGAUUUUGAGGUUAUUGCAAGUGAAGCUUGAAGCAAUUUCAAUUGGGCUAAUGGGUUUUAAUCACAUUCUUUAUUAGGUUAGGGUUUUGGAAUGAGUCCAACUUUACUUCCUAAACAUGUAGCCGCGGUGGUUAAAUACCAGAAAGACCCUCUCAGGGCACUGGAAAUGUUUAAUUCAGUGAAAAAUGAAGAUGGGUUCAAGCAUAAUUUUUUAACAUAUAAAUGCAUGAUUGAAAAGCUUGGUUAUCAUGGAUUGUUUGAGGCGAUGGAGCGCAUGAUUGCAGACAUGAGAACGAAUGUCGGCAGUAAUUUGUUGGAAGGAGUGUAUAUUGGAGCCAUGAGAAAUUAUGGUAAGAAAGGGAAGGUUCAAGAAGCUGUCAAUGUGUUUGAGAGGAUGGACUUCUAUGAUUGCGAGCCUUCGGUGCAAUCUUAUAAUGCAAUCAUGAAUAUAUUGGUUGAAUAUCAAUACUUUAAUCAAGCCCACAAAGUGUAUAUGAGGAUGAGAGAUAAAGGGAUUGUGCCUGAUGUAUAUACAUUCACAAUUAGGAUAAAAUCCUUUUGUAGGACGAAAAGGCCUCAUGCUGCUUUAAGGCUUCUUAAAAACAUGCCUUCCCAUGGGUGUGAACUCAAUGCAGUUGCUUACUGUACAGUGGUUGGUGGAUUCUAUGAAGAAAAUUUGCGAACUGAGGCAUGUGAGUUGUUUGAUGAGAUGCUUAGAAUGCAAAUUUGUCCAAAUAUAGCCACAUUUAAUAAGCUUAUACAUACACUUAGUAAGAAGGGGGAUACCCAAGAAAGUGAAAGGCUUCUCAGCAAGGUUCUCAAGAGGGGAGUCUAUCCGAACUUGUUUACUUUCAAUAUCUUUAUUCAAGGCCUUUGCAGGAAAGGGAUGCUUAAUGAGGCUGCCACUAUGUUGGAUGGUGCAAGGAGCGAAGGUUUUACUCCUGAUGUUGUCACAUACAACACACUUAUAUGUGGCUUGUGUAAGAACCUUAAGGUUGAGGAAGCUGAGUGCUAUUUGCGAAAAAUGGUGAAUGAGGGGUAUGAGCCUGAUGCUUUCACCUAUAAUACAAUUAUUGACGGGUACUGUAAGCUAGGUUUGGUGCAAAAUGCAGAAAAGAUUAGGAAUAAUGCAAUUUUUAAGGGGUUUGUGCCAGAUGAAUUUACAUGCUGCUCUUUAAUUAAUGGUUUAUGCCGGGAUGGUGAUAUAGACAGGGCCCUGGGUAUAUUUAGUGAGGCACUGAAAAAGGGAUUAAAGCCGAAUGUUAUCAUCUACAACACAUUAAUUAGAGGGUUAUCACAGCAGGGUCUUAUUUUGCAAGCCUUGCAGCUGAUGAAUGAGAUGUCAGAAAAUGGUUGUUUCCCUAAUAUAUGGACUUACAACUUAGUUAUAAAUGGAUUGUGCAAGAUGGGUUGCGUGUCUGAUGCCAAUAACCUUAUGAAUGAUGCUACUGCCAAAGGGUUCCUUCCUGACAUUUUCACUUUCAACACAUUGAUUGAUGGCUACUGUAAACAGUUGAAGAUGGGCAAUGCAAUUGAGAUAGUAAAUAGAAUGUGGGAUCAUGGUGUAACUCCUGAUGUGAUCACAUAUAACUCGGUGUUGAAUGGCCUUUGCAAAACUGCAAAAGCUGAUGAUGUGGUGGAAACUUUCAAAGCAAUGGUGGAGAAUGGUUGUGCUCCUAACAUUAUCACAUAUAGUAUACUCAUAGAAAGCUUGUGCAAAGCUCGAAAAUUAGUGGAAGCUUUAAACUUGCUUGAGGAAAUGGAGAACAAGGGUCUGACUCCAGAUGUUGUCAGUUUUGGCACACUGAUCAAUGGAUUUUCUGAGAAUGGGGAUUUAGAUGGCGCCUACCAGUUGUUCAGAAAAAUGGAACGACAAAAUAAAUUUUCUCAUACAACAGCAACUUACAACAUAAUGGUAAGUGCAUUUUGUGAGAAGCUAAAUAUAGAAAUGGCAACAAAGCUAUUUCAUGAGAUGGAUGAGAAUGGCUGCCCCCCAGAUACCUACACUUACCGUGUCAUGAUUGAUGGCUUCUGCAAAACAGAUAAUGUUGAUUCUGGGUACAAUUUUCUCCUCAAGAUGAUCGAGAAAGGGUUCAUUCCAUCAUUGACAACGUUUGGACGGGUGAUAAAUUGUCUGUGUGUAAAGCAUAGAGUACAUGAGGCAGUUGGUAUAGUCCGACUUAUGGUGCGCAAUGGUAUUGUUCCUGAUAUUGUGGAGACAAUUUUUGAGGCUGACAAAAGGGAGGUAGCAGCACCUAAGAUUGUUGUGGAAGACUUGUUGAAGAAGAGUCAUAUAACUUACUAUGCAUAUGAACUUUUAUAUGACGGCAUUAGAGGGGAGUAUUGCAAAGCUGUCGGAUAUCAAGCUCUACCGGCAUUUGUAAAAAGUUAUUGCAGAAUGCAUGGGGUAAAAGCACUCAAUAACAAGAUGCAAACAGCAGAGUGGCUACUGUUGCUGAGUGGCAAGCUAAUAGGCAUAUUUUCACAGCUUUCAAACUCCAUCUUGCCCUCUAUAAAAGCUGGGGUAAAAGUUUCUAUGCAUUAUUAUCUCAAUGCAGAAGAAAAUGAAAUAAGCUGGGUUCAAGUCCUGGUUUUGUAUGGAUGUGUUAUACAUUGAAUACCAAGGUAGGCCCCAAAUCCCAAUAGAAUGCCACGCGACUGUUGCCACGUGCUAUAUAAUUGUGCUUAAGAUAUCAUUCAGCUUUGAAUUGGUUACUAUAGAAGUACUGUGUUCCAAGUCCUCCACCUUGACUUUACACACUCAGUUUUCAAUGUGGAGGACUUGUUUCCUUAUCGAGACACGUUGCCUCCUAAUUUUCUUCUACUUCUUCGUUUUUUUUUUUUUUCCCCCCUUUGGGCAAUGAUAUACUGAAAUAUGGUACCAAUUGUUUUUUUAUAAUUGAUGCAAAAAAUGUAGUAGUGAACCCAAUCAAGUAAGCAGACCCCACUUUGAGUCUCAACUUUUGAAAAAUGGAGUGCCACGUCAGCAAUUGUUCUGACACGGCUAUCCACCUUAAUCGGAUACUCAUAAUCCAUGGUGUGGGCAUCUCAAUGAUAUCAUAUCUUCCAUUAUUAUCUCCUCUGGGCCCGCCAUUUUGGACCCAUAUUAUCCACUCCGUUCUCUACAUUUGGAGAGCGGAGUGGAGCAAUUGGUGUGGGCCCCACAAAGUGGAGAUGCCCACACGGAUUACUUGGGAGUCACUUGGGCUCUCCACUUGGAGAGAUAUUAUCCAAAAUAGUAUGCACACCAGAUACCCUAACGAAGGAGUUCCUUGACGUGGCUUUGGAUUGUAGCAGUGUCAUAUUUUCUUCAUUAGAUUCAUUACUCUAAUUGUAUUUUGUCAGGAUAAUAUUCUGUAAGCAAGUGAAGAGAAAGUGCAAGCGAAAGUCAAGGUGGUUGAUGCUGCAAUUGUAAUCUGAAGUGGAUCACCUUCAUUUUAAGAUAUUUCUGCCCGUAGUUACAUGGUUCUCAAUUAGAAGAAUGAAGCAAAUGAAGCUGCAUGUAAAAGCCUGUUUGGAGGUGUCGGUGAAUCACUCGUAUUACUUACUAGAAUAUCUAAUGAGAAAUUCAGUCCAGGAGAAAGAUAUGGCAAAAAAGUGACAUUCCGGCAAUAGUGUUAUGCAUUGCCCAACUACCGGCCAUUGGAGUGCUGUGAAACGGGGUUGAGGUAAAUCCCACCCUACUCAGGUCUUAAUUCAUAUUCAAAUUGAUUGUUAUUGCAGUUUGAGGGCAAAGAAUAUGAGGACUCCCAAAAGAAUAUGUUGUAAAACUGAUGGUUCAGAAUUGUUGGAGGAAUGAGAGCAAAUGAACUUCACAGAAUGUUUCUUGUUUAGAAGUA